AUGCCUAGGAGGCACAGAAGUAAGCGCCACAACAAUCAGAAACCACAAAGGGCCCAAGAUGAAGUCCAGAGUCGCUGGAUAUCCGAGUCAGCUGCCACAGUGGGAGAAGAGGCCCCCUCCUCCUCAUCUCCUGUUUUGGAGGAUAAUCCAGAGAGCUCAUCAGCUACUGAGGCAACUAGUACUGCCCAGGAGUCUUGGAGAGUGCCACCUAUCUACAUUCCCUCUUCGGUAGCUUUUCCCACCAGCUCUGAGGAUGGCCAAGAUGAGGACUAUUCAUGGUCCCAUGAGGGCUUAUCUCCCGAGAACUCCUGCUGUGAUCCUCUAACUGUCCAGGUGACUGUCUUGGAGAAGUUUCUUUUGUACAAGUAUAGAGUGAAGCAGCCCAUUCUCUGGGAAGACAUGCUAAACAUUGUCAAUGAAAGGUACCACCGUUAUUUUGCUGAGAUCCUUAAGAAAGCCUCUGAGAGCAUUGAAGUUCUCUUUGGAGCUGACUUGAAGGAAGUGGACUCAACCCGACACUCCUACGACCUUGUCAGCAAACUGAAACUGCCCAAUAACGGGAGGGUGCGUCCGGGCAGGGGGUUACCCAAGACCGGUCUCCUGAUGAAUAUCCUGGGCGUGAUCUUCCUGAAUGGCAACCAUGCCAGUGAAGAAGAGAUCUGGGAAUUCCUCAAUGCCAUGCGACUGUUCCCUGGGAAGAAGCACUAUAUCUACGGGGAGCCUAGGAAGCUAAUUACCAAAGACCUAGUGAAGCUAAAGUACCUGGAGUACCGCCAGGUGCCCGGUAGUGACCCUCCAUGCUAUGAGUUCCUGUGGGGGCCCAAAGCUUAUGCCGAAACAAACAAGAUGGAAAUCCUGACAUUUUGGGCCAAGGUCAACGAUACGGUUCCAAGUGCCUUCACAUCACAAUAUGAAGAAGCUUUGAGGGAGGACGAAGAAAGAGCACCAGCAAGAGGGCCUGCCAGGGCUGGCACAGGUACCAGAGGCAGGAAAUAUUCCAUGGCCACCUCGACCAGGGUGUCCACUCCUAGUAGACUCUGA